AUGGCUGACAACCAGCGAAUCAAUCAGCUGACUGCAAGGAGAGCUACGAUGAUUGGCGCUCUGGGUCGGGCUGAGGCAUUUCUGGUGGACUACAACGCUCAGCGGGACGAACCUCAGGUACUAUUGAGGCUUGAGCAUUUAAACAGCAUUUGGGCUGCUCUGGAGGAAAUUCAAACCGAGCUGGAAACUGAAGCGACAGAUCAAGAAGGUAGGGCACAACAUGAUGCAGUCCGUGCUGAUUUCGAACCCCGGCUUUUUACAAUAAAGGCUUCAUUAAUUACUAAACUGCCUGCACUUCCUGGUAACGCUAGUAACCCCCGACCCCCGCAUGCUACUUCCGCUCUCUCUGGCAUUAAACUGCCUACUAUUUCGCUUCCUGAGUUCGAUGGCGACUAUAUGCAAUGGCUGACCUUUCAUGAUACGUUCUUGGCUUUAAUCCACAACAACGCUGAUGUUCCACCUAUUCAGAAGUUCCAUUACUUGAGAGCAGCCGUCAAGGGGGAGGCUGCUCAAUUGAUCGAAUCCAUCGCAAUUUGCUCCGCUAAUUAUAUUCUUGCUUGGGAAGCUCUCGUGGGACGGUAUUCCAACGAAUAUCUACUGAAGAAGCGACACCUUCAGGCACUCUUCGACAUUCCACGCAUGAAGAAGGAGACUGCAGCAACGCUUCACGGAUUGGUAGAUGAGUUCGAGAGACACACGAAGAUUCUUCACCAGUUGGGAGAACCGACGGAUGCCUGGAGCACCAUCCUUGAGCAUUUAUUGUGCACGCGACUACACGAUGACUCUCUGAAGGCCUGGGAGGACCACGCAUCCACAACGCAGCACUCGAAUUUUGCUUGCUUGAUCGAUUUUCUCCAGCGUAGAACCCGCGUGUUGGAAUCGAUCUCCGUUAAUCACCAUCAAUCUACAAGUGCGACUAAUGACGGUGCGUCCACCAGUCAGUUCCGGAGGCAUUCCCAGUUUCGUUUGUCGUCCUGCGCAUCCACCGCUAGCCCGUCGUUCAAGUGCCCCACGUGCAGCCAAUCGCAUUCUCUGGCAAGGUGUGGCAAGUUUAAUAGUAUGUCUGUGAAUGAUCGGCAGCAAUUUGUAAAUCUGAAGCGAUUGUGCCACAAUUGCCUGAGAGGAGAUCACAUGGUACGUCAAUGCCCCUGUGAUAUGAAUUGCAGAAAAUGUAACCAGCGCCACCAUACUCUUCUGCAUACGGGCCAAACCGCCGGCCCAAAGAAGUUCAGCAACGACGCGACUUCUCGUUCAAUUAAUUCCAUCGAGCCUGCUGUCAAGGCUACUUCGUCGUCUACUAACGUAAUCUCCGAGCAACCAUUGUUGCUGCUGCUGAAGAUGUUUCGAUUCGCAUCGCAGCCAAAUCUGAUCACCAACCGCAUGGCUCGUAUUCUCCGCUUAAAGAAGCAUCCCGUCAACGUUACUGUCCAAGGGGCCGGACAAGUAUCGAAAGUCAUUAGCGAAUCUGUCUACGCCCAAGUCAGCUCAAGGAAGGAACCUUUCUCUUGUGGUGUUAGCUUCCUCGUAAUGGAUAAAGUGACGGCCAAUCUUCCAUCGCAUAAUGUCUCCAUAGCCGAAUGGAGAAUCCCAAAGGAUCUCUUUCUCGCGGAUCCAACAUUCCACAAGAGCCAGCCGAUCGAUAUGGUGCUCGGAGCUAAGCAUUUUUACUCCUUCUUCCCGAAUGCCGCACGCAUACAAUUGCAUGGCAAUCUCCCACUCCUAGUUGACAGCGUUUUUGGGUGGAUCGUUGCGGGUUCGGCUGAUUCAAUUCUUCCAACACAGAGAGUAUCUUCCAGUCCCAGCAGUAUCGUAACUGUAUCGAUGGUUUCCUUGGAAGAAAGUCUGGAGCGUUUUUGGAAAAUGGAAGAACUGACAACCAAGGACAACUACUCCAUCGAAGAGAGGCGUUGUGAAACCCUCUACCAAGCGACGGUCGCCAGAAACCCCGAUGGACGAUACAUGGUUCGCCUUCCUCGAAAACCUGACUUUGACGAUAUGCUGGGCGAGUCUAAGGCAAGCGCAUUGCGACGAUUCGAAUAUUUGGAGCGACGCUUGGAACGAAACUCCGACCUAAAACUAGAGUACCACCGUUUCAUGCAAGAAUACCUCGACCUUGGCCAUAUGCAGCUGACCAAAACAACUGGCGCCGAAAGCUCCAAAUCUUUUUACUUACCGCACCAUCCUGUCAUCAAAGAAGCGAGUUCCACGACGAAAGUUCGUGUUGUGUUCGAUGGUUCGGCAAAAACAUCUACCGGUUUCUCCCUCAACGAUGCCCUCUGUGUUGGUCCAGUAGUUCAAGACGAGCUACUUACCACAAUGCUACGGUUUCGCACGUACCCAAUUGCUUUAGUCGGUGACAUAGCGAAAAUGUAUCGACAAGUCCUCAUGCACCCAGAUGAUGUUCCACUGCAGCGAAUUUUCUGGCGAUUUUCCCCCGACCAACCAGUGCAAGCCUUCGACUUACUUACCGUUACUUACGGGUUAGCUCCGUCAUCAUUUUUGGCAACUCGUACACUGCUACAGCUAGCUGACGAUGAAGGUCAGUCCUAUCCCCUCGGCAGCAGGGCUCUCCGGAAAGGCUUUUACGUCGACGAUUUCAUCAGUGGGGAGCAAUCGAUCGAAAAAGCCAUCCGCCUACGCAAAGAAAUCAGCGAAUUACUUGGGAAGGGAGGAUUUGUUCUUCGCAAGUGGACUUCCAAUCGACUCGAAGUCCUACACGGAUUAAACGCCGACCAAAUCGGCACUCAAUCCCCUCUGGAGUUCACCCCCCACGAAACGGUGAAAGCUCUGGGAAUAAUUUGGGAACCAGAAGGAGAUUUUCUUCGAUUCGAUUCGCAAGUGCAACAUGACGGCAAACCGCCCACCAAACGAUCAAUUUUAUCGUCUAUUGCCAAGCUAUUUGACCCCAUCGGCCUGAUUGCGCCCGUUGUUGUGCGGGCCAAAAUCAUUAUGCAGCAGUUGUGGCUACUACCAAUUGAGUGGGAUGAUCCAGUUCCCAAAAAUAUUCGUGUCAACUGGGAAAAGUAUCACAACGAAUUGCCGAAAAUUACCGCGCACAGAGUAAGUCGCUACGCAUUUCUACCCUGUUCCACCAUGCAAUUGCAUACCUUCGCCGACGCGUCCGAACUAGCCUACGGCGCGUGCACCUACGCCCGUUGCCAAGACGAACAAGGAAACAUAAAAAUCGAACUUCUUGCCGCCAAGUCCCGUGUUGCUCCGCUAAAACGACUGACUAUCGCACGUCUGGAACUCUGCGCUGCAGUUUUGGCCGCUCAUCUCCACGAUCGAGUCAAACGAGCUCUCGAUAUUGACGUUUCUGCUUCCAUUUUCUGGUCGGAUUCUGCUAUCGUUCUCCAAUGGCUCCAAUCAUCUCCAAACACAUGGCAAACCUUUGUGGGAAAUAGAGUUUCGGAAGUGCAGCACUUCACUCGUGGCUGUCAGUGGAAGCACGUUGCUGGUAUCGAGAAUCCCGCCGAUUUGGUGUCCCGGGGUAUGUCGGUCGACGAGUUCCUGGCUAGCACGUUAUGGAAGGAAGGACCGCAUUGGCUUCUUCUGCCGGAUCGAGAAUGGACCAGCUCUAACCCGCCAAGUGUGGCCGAGGAAAUGCUAGAAGUUCGACACAUCGUAGCUACCGUACAGUCAGUUCCAUCAGUCAAUGCAUUGUUUCUCCGUUGGUCGUCAUACACCCGCCUACUACACGUUACAGGCUACUGCCUUCGCUUUCUGUUGAACGCCCACGCCAAGGCCAGAACUCAGCCUCCCCCCAACGCAGAACCUGUUGCGAAAUCACUGUCUGUGGAAAUACUUACCAAAGCCAAACUUACCCUGAUUCGCCUUGCUCAACAAGAUGCAUUUAGUCCUGAAAUAAAAGAGUUGGAAAGGGGGAAACCUAUAUCAAAACGCUCACAUGUACGCCAAAUGAGUCCGUUUCUAGACCAGGAGAAAGUGAUGAGGGUCGGAGGCCGUCUUAAACUAGCACAGUUACCCUACCAAAUGAAACAUCCCGCCCUACUACCCAGCUUUCAUCCCCUAUCACGUUUAAUUGCCAUGAACUAUCAUGAAAAAAUGCUUCACGCCGGUGGGCGACUGCUAUUAUCAGCCAUGCGCGAAGAGUUUUGGCCACUGCACGGUCGUCGCCUAGCACGUAGCACUGUGCGUAAAUGUUUCCGCUGCGCUCGCCUUAAUCCAGUGCCUGCUCAUCAACACAUCGGGCAGCUACCCGUUCACCGAAUUAUUCCCAGCCGUCCAUUCAGUAUCGUUGGAGUCGAUUACGCUGGCCCGCUGUACCUUAAGCCGAUCCACAAACGCGCAGCAUCUGCAAAGGCGUACAUCUGUUUGUUCGUCUGUUUCGCCACCAAAGCGGUCCACAUUGAGCUCGUCAGCGAUCUGUCCACUCAGGCUUUCCUAUGUGCGCUUCGUCGUUUUAUCGCCAGACGUGGUCGCCCAGCACACAUCCACUCAGACAAUGGCAAAAACUUUGAAGGAGCUAAAAAUGAAUUACCGGAAUUAUUUGCCAUGCUUCAAAACUCGGAAGUAAACGAACAGAUCGCAUCUACCUGUGCUGACGAAGGAAUCACUUGGCACUUAGUUCCGCCAAAAGCGCCCCAUUUCGGCGGGCUAUGGGAAGCUGCCGUUAAAGUAGCUAAAAAGCAUCUCCACCGCCAGCUCGGUCCGUCUCGACUGUCAUUUGAGGAUGUCAGCACUGUGCUCACUCAGAUCGAAGCACUGAUGAACUCCCGGCCGCUGCUUCCUAUGUCGGACGAUCCCGAUGAAUUAGCUGCACUAACACCUGCGCAUUUUCUGAUCGGAACCAGUAUGCUAGCCUUGCCCGACCCAGACCAUCGGAACAUCCCUGUCAACCGACUGGAUCACUACCAGAAGCUGCAACUGCACGUCCAAAAAUUUUGGUGUCAUUGGCGCACCGAAUACCUCCAGGAGCUUCAGAAAGACACCGUGAUGUACCAACGAAACGAUAGUUUGCUUCCCGGUCGAAUGGUUAUUGUCGUCGAUGAAAUGCAGCAGCCAAUACGUUGGCCGCUCGCCCGAAUCCUGACCACUUCACCCGGCCCGGAUGGAAUGACACGUGUUGUAACGCUGCGUACUGCUCGGGGAAUUAUCACCCGCCCAAUCACCAAAAUUUGCCUGCUGUCUGAUCCUGCUACUACUGCCAACGACGAAGAAGAUGAUCCGCUGGCCACCAACCAACAUCCGGCCCAACGAUCCGAGGUUCCUGAAAAUGAAAAUUGA